AUGCUAAGUUUUUUCAGUCAGGAUAUCAAUUUCUUCUCUAAUCUUACGUUUUCUUGCAUUUCCACCAUAUGCAAUCAGCUUUUCAUGUCCCGUUGGUGCGACGUGUUCCGCUAUUUCGGAUCUUUCAUUGUCCAUGUUUAUGCAGAAUCUUUGGUGUUACUUGAUUCGUUGGCUAAUUUUUCUUCCGGUUUCACCAAUAUACUUCUGUUCACAGUCGCCGCAUUUAAUGCUAUAGACUACCGAGCAAUCCACUUUGUCAACCACCUCGUGGUGCGUCGCAACGAUCGCGGUGCCAAUUACUGA